AGCUAAGCCUUUUUGCAAAGGGCUGGCCUUGGUGCACAAAUUCGGAGGAAGGCAAACCGAUGGCGAUCAAGUUGGCGGAUGGAAAGACGCAACAACUUAUCGACCGUUACAUCGAGGACGUACCGGUGUAUUUCGCACCUCAUGCAUGCGAACCGGUGACGUUCGACAUUUUGGACACGAACUUUGACAUCAUUCUGGGAAUGCCUUGGCUUGCCAGUGCGGAUCACACGGUCAACUUCCAUCGGCGGACUCUUAGCGUUCGCGACGCCUUCGACGCCGAAGUGGCGUGUACUAUUCCUCUUUCGCACCCUUCGAUUCGGUGCCAAGUGGUGACAGCCAAAUCAUUCUGGGCGACUUGCGCUUACGAGCAGCCCGAGGAAAUUGGCCUAUAUUUCCUACGGACCGUCGCGGUAGCCGACUCUUCACCCACGGACUUGUCUUCGGACCCCCGGGUGGUGCAGUUGCUGGACGAGUUCGCCGACAUCUUCGAGUCACCUACCGCCUCUAUCGGUGUGGUGUCGGAUCGGUCGAUCUCUCACGAGAUCAUUCUCGAGGUCGGUGUCGUGCCGCCGAAAGGUUGCAUCUAUCGGAUGAGCGAGGAAGAGCUUGAGGUCCUUCGCGCACAACUCGAUGACUUGUUGGCCAAGGGUUGGAUCCGCCCUAGUAGCUCCACAUAUGGUGCACCUGUUCUCUUCGUCCGGAAGAAGAACAAGGAUCUACGUUUAUGCCUCGAUUACCUCAAGCUCAACGCGCAAACCGUCAAGAAUGCGGGGCCUUUUCCUCUCAUCGACGAUCUUCUUGAGCGAUUGGGCGGCGCAAAAUAUUUCUCUAAGUUGGAUUUGAAGUCGGGAUAUCAUCAAAUCUCGAUCCGGCCGGACGAUCGCUACAAAUCCAUGUUCAAGACGAGGUGCGGGCAUUUUGAGUGGGUGGUCAUGCCUUUUGGCCUCACCAACGCGCCGGCGACCUUUCAAGCGGCAAUGGCCAACGAGUUUCGUGCAAUGUUGGACCGGUUCGUGCUGGUCUACGUAGACGAUAUUCUCGUCUAUAGCCGGACAUUGGAGGAUCAUCUUGGACAUCUUCGACGAGUGUUGGAGACGCUCUGCCACGCCAAGUACAAGACCAACCGCAACAAUCCGCUAUUGGACAAGAUUCAAACCAUCCAAGAGUGGGCGGAGCCACGAAACGUCAUGGAUGUCCGCUCGUUCCGUGGCCUCGUCGGCUACUACCAUCGUUUUAUCAAGGGCUACUUGAAGAUCGCGGCCCACUUGACCAAGCUUCAAUGCGAGGAUCGACCGUUUGACUUCGGCGAGGAUGCGCGAGAAUCAUUUUUGGCUCUCAAAGCCGCACUAUUAUCUGCGGAGGUCUUGUGCAUAUACAACCCGCUUUUUCCUAUGCGCGUCACUACGGAUGCAUUCGACUAUGGCAUUGGUGUCGUCCUCGAGCAACACGAUGGCGUGGACUGGCACCCAGUCGAGUAUUUCAGCAAGGAAGUGUCGAUCGUGCACUCCAUUGGCGAUGCACGCAAGAAGGAGUUCCUCGCCUUUGUCCACACGCUCAAGCGGUGGCGGCACUUCCUUCUUGGUCGAAGCCAAUUCCGAUGGGUGACGGACAACAAUCCGUUGGUCUUUUACAAGACCCAAGACACCGUCAACAGCACCAUCACUCGAUGGAUGACUUUCAUCGACCAAUUCGACUUCUUUCUCGAUCACAUUCCGGGGAAAUUGGACCGUUUUGUGGAUGCUCUUUCACGACGUUCGGAUCAUUGUACUGCAGUCUUCUCAACCUUCGAGAUCGACGACGACCUGCGGAACAACUUCAUCCGCGGCUACCAAACCGACCCCGAGUUUCGCGACAAGUACGCGAAUUGCUCCUCUCCUAAUCUGGCGCCUUCUCACUACCGGAUCCAAGAGGGGUACUUGCUUGUCCACACACGGGGGAAGGACCUUUGUGUACCGAGUGAUCCUCACUUGAGUACACGGCUUCUUGGCGAGUUCCACGAUGCUUCUGCCAUCGGACACUUUGGAAUCAAUCACACGAUUGGAUGACUUCGCGAGCGAUUUUGGUGGCCCGACCUUCUCGGCGACGUCACACGCUA